AUGUUUUCAAAUUAUAAACUCUUAAUUUGUAUUCUUUAUGUAUUACGAGAAGUAGUCUAUUCAUCGGAUUAUUGUUCAAAGUUUGGCAGACAUUUACUGCAACAUCAGUGCGAACUCACACCGGAAGCCAUUGAAGGGCCUUAUUAUCUACCCCUAGAUCUGGUUCGUCAUGAUAUCAGGGAGGUCAAUGUAUCACUUGAUAUAUGGCAUUGCGAUGCACAGGGACUCUAUUCCAGUUACAUAAACGCCAUUCCCAACAGUGAUUAUCACGAACCUCCCACCGAUAACACCACUUUCCUUAGGGGCCGGCAGUAUACCGAUGAGAAUGGAGUAGCAUGGUUUAAGACUAUAUAUCCGGGUUGGUAUGGGGGUCGGGCCACUCACAUCCACAUGCAAAGUCAUUAUGGUGACCGCACUAUACACACGGGACAGUUGUAUUUUGCAAACACGUUAAAUAAUAUGAUCGCUCGACUGCCGCCCUAUAAUGUGUCGGAAAUGCCGCGAAUGGACAAUGAAGAGGACUCGGAGUUUAUGGACAAUAAAGGCGUCGACACUAUCAUACGAAAUAUAAAACCUAUGAAUAAAAAGCAUAUCUGGAGGGGACUGAGAAGCCACAUGAUUAUUGGACUGAAUCCCAAAGCAAAGUCUAUGUUUGCAUACUAUGGCCGGACAUCCAAAAAGUAA